AUGGCAGGGCCAGAGAGGGAGGAUGAUUAUGCGGCCUUACUCGAGGCUCAUGUCCGAAAAGGUGAUUGGGGCGCUACAAUAGAUUUCCUCAAGCUCCAGUACCCCCGUGCAUUGACAGCAAGAAUCCCGAGUACAUUUUCGGGUGGGACGGUCCUUCACGCUGCUGUUGAUGCUGAAGAUGAACAUAGAGUGGAGGAGUUGGUCAAUAUGAUUUCGGAACAUGACUUGGCAACAAUGCAAGACGAUUUCGGCUAUACAGCUGAUCUACAGGAGAUAAGUGUUAUUGGUAAUUACCGGAUGGCAAAGUGCCUGAUUACAAAGAACAAGAGCUUGGUCAGCAUUAGAGAUUAUGCAUACAACGAACUUCCAGUUACUAGGGCUAUGGGAUGGGGGGCAUAA